UGGAGGAGGAUGAGCGGCAGGGGGGCGGGGCUAAGCCGCCUGCAGAAGGAGGGGCGGGGCUUUACCUGGGUGACCUUAGGGCGAUGAUGAGGAGACUGCUACAGGAUGAAGAUAUCCACAGCACAGUCAGUCGCGUCAGCCGAACGAAUCACCCUCCGGGUUCUGCAGAGGGAACGUCUCUGGCCUCAGAGAUCCUCCAUCGCUUUAGACAGCUGCAGAUGGAUCACACCUGGACCGAGUCUCUGUACGCCACGCUGCAGUUCCCCCACAGGUCUCAGAGGAGCUCUCUGUGGCUGGUGGACUCUGCAGGACUGAUCUCAGAACAGAUUCCUCUGAACCCAUCUGAUUACUGUCCAUACAGCGCCGCAGGAAGUACCUUGGGGGGUGUGGUCUAUGCCAACUACGGCCGUCCAGAGGAUUUUAAUUGGCUGAAGACUGCGGGCGUGUCUGUGAUGGGCUGUGUGGUGGUGAUGCGUGUCGGGGGCGGGGUCAGUUUUGCAGAGAAGGUUCGUUUAGCUGAGAGGAACGGGGCGGGCGGAGCUUUGAUCUACCCCGAUCCCGCCGACCUGCCUCAGGACCCCCGCCGCCUCGGACUGAACACAUACACUGCCGUGUCCGAACAUGUGCACCUGGGUUCAGGUGACCCUUUCACCCCCGGCUUUCCUUCCUUUAAUCACACUCAGUUCCCGCCCAUCCAGUCCUCCGGCCUGCCACUUAUCCCAGCCCUGCCAGUCAGCGCCACUGUAGCCGCCAAGCUGCUCAGCCAGCUGUCAGGUCCGUCCUGUCCUCCAUCAUGGCGGGGGCGGCUGCCGUACGUACGCUGCGUGGUCGGUCCAGACUUCAGCUCUGGACGCAGGGUGAAGAUGUCGGUCCACAAUGUGAUGACACCUGUCCUGCUCAACAACAUCUUCUCCUCCCUGGAGGGCAGGGUCGAGCCAGACCAGUACAUCAUACUGGGAGCUCAGAGGGACUCGUUGGGUCCGGGAGCCGUGAAGUCCGGGGUUGGAACGGCGAUCCUUCUGGAGCUGGCUCGAACUUUCUCUGCCAUGGUGAAGAAUGGUUUCAGUCCCAGACGGAGUUUACUGUUCGUCAGCUGGGACGCUGGAGAUUUUGGGAAUGUUGGAGCGACUGAAUGGCUGGAGGGUUACCUGUCAAUGCUCCACCUGAAAGCUGUAGCCUACUUCAGCUUGGACCAAGCCAUCAUGGGUGAUGAUGUCCUGUUGACCUACACCAGUCCUCUGCUGGUCGACCUGCUGGAUGCUGCCAUCAGACAGGUGGAGCAUCCCAAACAUGCAGGUCAGACCAUCUACAGCCAGGCUGAGCGAGAGGGAGGCAGCUGGAGGAUUAUGAAGCCGUUGUAUCUGAACAGCGGAGCGUACAGUUUCACAGCGUUUGCAGGAGUUCCAGCCAUGGAGCUCAGAUUCACUGAGGAGCGCGCGUACCCGUUCAUCAACACACCUUUGGACAGUGUGUCCCGUCUACAGGAAGUGCUGGGGGGUCGUCUGGGGCACACGGGGCGGAGUUUAGGGGAGCUGGUAGGUGAGAUGGUUCUGCGAUUGGCCCACGACCACAUCCUCCCGCUACGCAUCACUUCCUACGCCCAGACGGUGCUGCAGUUCAGCGCUCAGCUCAACAGACACUCUGCUGAGCUGCAGGCCAGAGGUUUGUCUCCUCAGUGGGUUUUCAGCGCCAGAGGAGAUUACAGUCGAGCUGCAGAGACACUGCAGAGAGCCAUCGACUACAGCGACCUGCAUGACCCCACGACUGCGCGGUUCUACAACACCCGUAUCAUGAAGGUACAAAUGCCUCAAAUACCACUUCGCUUCAUCAACACCCGCAUCAUGAAGGUACAAAUGCCUCAAAUACCACUUCGCUUCAUCAACACUCGCAUCAUGAAGGUACAAAUACUGCAAUGUGUUGUUAUUUUAAAUGGUUUUUUUUCUUUGUCUUACAUCGGUAUGGCAGAUAAUCCUGCUCUAAGUUUUGGAACUAUGUUUCACAGAGUUAGCUGGGGGGACAAUUUAUUUUAGCCUGUUUCCAUUCAGUCAAUAUGUCCCAUUAAAAGCUGCUGAAUCUGCUUUGAUCAGCUCCUGU